AUGGCACACCGAGUGUGGGGACACAUUGGCAUUACAUAUGCCGAUGUGAAGAAGUUGAUGGGCGACUUUCAUCAGGCGCACCAUGCGUCGGUGAAGUUCGUGUCACACACGAAGCCUGCGAACAGCAUUGAGUGUCAAGCAUCGAUCGAGGUCGUGCUCACACUUCCUCAGGUGUUGCUUGACUCUGGGUCCGACGAGACGUUGUUUAAGACGGUGACGUUGGAGGCGUCAAUCGGGUACCUGGUCCUGGGUGGACUUCGAGCGUGUUUCGAAGAAAAGAAGAUGGAGAUCGACGUGCUCGUUGGACGUCCCAUUAUGGAGCGACUGGGGUUUACAGUCGACGGAGUUGGGCGUGGCAAGUGA